AUGGGAAGCAAGGCGCUGCCGGCCCCCAUCCCGCUGCACCCAUCCCUGCAACUCACCAACUACUCCUUCCUCCAGGCUGUGAACACCUUCCCUGCAGCUGUGGACCAGCUGCAAGGUCUGUACGGACUCAGCGCCGUGCAAACCAUGCACAUGAACCACUGGACAUUGGGUUACCCCAAUGUGCACGAAAUCACCCGCUCCACCAUCACGGAGAUGGCGGCCGCCCAGGGCCUGGUGGACUCCCGCUUCCCUUUCCCCGCUCUCCCCUUCGCCACGCACCUCUUCCACCCCAAGCAAGGGGCCAUCGCCCACGUCCUCCCGGCCUUGCACAAGGACAGGCCCCGCUUUGACUUUGCCAACCUGGCCGUGGCCGCCACGCAGGAGGACCCCCCGAAAGUGGGCGAGCUGGCCAAGCUGAGCCCCGGACUGGCGUCCCCCCUGUCGGGGAUCAGCAAGCUGUCCCCGGACAGAAAGCCUUCCCGGGGCCGCCUGCCCUCCAAGACGAAAAAGGAAUUCAUCUGCAAGUUCUGCGGCAGGCACUUCACCAAGUCCUACAACCUCCUCAUCCACGAGCGGACCCACACGGACGAGCGGCCCUACACCUGCGACAUCUGCCACAAGGCUUUCCGGAGGCAGGACCACCUGCGGGACCACCGGUACAUCCAUUCCAAAGAGAAACCCUUCAAGUGCCAGGAGUGCGGGAAGGGCUUCUGCCAGUCCAGGACCCUGGCGGUCCACAAAACCCUCCACAUGCAGGAAUCUCCACACAAAUGCCCCACAUGUGGAAGAACCUUUAAUCAGAGAAGUAACCUGAAAACUCACCUUCUUACCCAUACAGACAUCAAGCCCUACAACUGUGAGCAGUGCGGCAAAGUGUUCAGGCGAAACUGUGAUCUACGGCGGCACAGCCUAACUCACACCCCCCGGCAGGACUUCUAGAGCAGCCCGGGACCCCGCACCCGCGCCCGCAGCUCCGAGUUGCUCAUUUUACUCAAGGACUGUAUGGCAGAAAGUCACAGGCGUGCGCGCACACACACACACACACACACACACACACACAACGCAGGGCAGGCUCAGGGGCCAAUCUUUCCUAGCACGCGUCUGCAAAACUCGUUUAAGAGAGCGUGGACUGCAGGAUCGGGCCCCUCUCCAAGCCACACCGAGGCGUAAAGCUACUCCUUGUAGAUACUCGCGGCUCAUUUUAGAGCUCUGUACAGAAAUGUGGUUUUCGUUGUUUGUUCGUUU